AAAUCUUACAGGAAGUGUCUUUUCACUGGUUGCUGACAAGUCAAGCCAAAAUACACAGCGUGUCUUGUACUUGUAGCAUUGGACAGUUUACUUAUGUGCGGUAUCGUGUCUGCUGAAUUAUAACACCAUGUAAACCCAUGUUGUGACAGCCUGGUUGUCAAGCCUUCAUCUGCCAACAAACACAGUUGGAGUUACCUCAUGGGUGCCGUUAACAAGAACAAAACAGAGAUCUUCAACAUUGUAACUUUGCCACAUAACUGCAUGAUGUACACGUGAAGUCCAGGCAUCUGUGACAUCAUUGUUAGGUGUGAUUACAGGUGUAGUAUUACAGGUAUUACAGAUGCAGGGCACCAUGAGCAGGAGCAGCAGCAGUUCGAUCACCCAUGGUGUACCAGUGGUGGCGGUGUGCCUUGCUGCUUUGCUCCUCAGCAAUGCCUUGAUCUACCUAUAUCUGGACUCUUUGUAUCAGACUGAUGAGCAGCCGGUGACCUCUCAUGUAGGCUGUGAACCUCAACACUUUAAAAUGGUGACCAUGAAAAACUGCACCCCCUGGCUUCAGUGUUCACAGAUCAGUGCUGAAGUACGCAAGCUAAAGCUGAUUGGCCAGGGAGCUGUUAAGAAGGUCUAUCUAGCAGAGUGGAGGGGUCAGAAAGUGGCCCUGUCCAAACUAUCCUCUCUGGAUUACCUGGAGGAUUUUCUCCACGGAUUGUCUAUGUUACAGGCCCUGCAGGGCCCCCCGGUGGUGCAGUUGGUGGGCUUUUGCCUUGAAGAGCACACCCUGGUCACAGAGCACCACCCACUGGGCCCACUACUUAACUUGGAUAGUGUUCUUGCACAAGAGCAGCACCGGCAACACAACACAUGGCAGGUUCGGCUGAGGCUGGCUACAGAUUAUGUCUUUAUCCUCCAUUAUCUCCAUAACAGCCCAGCUGGGCGACGGGUUAUGUGUGAUUCUAACAGCCUGGAGAAAACUCUUUCCCAGUUUCUGCUGACAAAUGACUUUCACCUGGUAGUGAACGACCUUGAUGCGCUGCCUGAGGUGGACCUAUCCAGAGGCUUGUUGGUGAAAUGUGGUCACCGGGAGCUCACUGGUGACUUUGUUGCCCCAGAGCAGCUGUGGCCAUACAGAAACAAAGGACAGCCAUUUUCAGACGAUCUCAUGCCUGGGUAUGAUGAGAGGACAGACAUCUGGAAGAUCCCAGACGUGACAUGGUUCCUGAUGGGAAGGGUACCUGGAGGGGAUGUAGUCCACUUCCAUCUUUUUCAGAUCCACGAGCAGUGUAAGAAGGAUGACCCCAAGCUCCGUCCAUCAGCCCUGGAUGUUUUGAAGUUGUACAAAUUAGUCUACAUAAGCAUGGUGCGAGACAAUGCUGGCUUCAGAGACAUGCUGUAGAGUGCAUGUCACUUAAAAAAACCAUGAACAUAAAAUAAAAUUUCAAGCUACAGGUUUACAGUGUUGUGCAGUAUAAUAAAUGCUACUGGUUUUGGAACCAA